UUCCAAAUGCCCAUUUUUAUCAGAACUUGACAAGUUAAUGAUUAAAGAAGUAACUGAAGAUGAUACAAUUGAUAUUGGUGAUCAAAAGAAGUAUAUAUUUCCAUAUGAAAACUUUUUCCAUGACCAAAUAAUGAAAAAGAAAAGAGAUCAUUCAUAUAGAAUUUUUAAAAAAGUAAACCGUUUAGCUGGGCCAGGACAGUUUCCAAGAGCCAGAGAAUAUUCAUGGGGAGAAAAGAACAUAACAGUGUGGUGUUCCAAUGAUUAUUUGGGGAUGUCUUGUCAUCCAGAAGUUAAAAAGGCAGUGUGUAAUGCUGUAGAAAAUUAUGGUGUUGGAGCAGGGGGAACCAGGAAUAUAUCUGGUAAUUCCGUUUUUCAUGAGAAGUUGGAAUCAAACUUGGCAAAACUACAUCAAAAAGAAGCUGCCCUUCUCUUUACUUCAUGUUUUGUAGCUAAUGAUUCUACUUUAUACACAUUAGCUAAAUCACUGCCAGGGUGUCACAUUUUUUCUGAUGAGGGAAAUCAUGCCUCUAUGAUACAGGGAAUAAGGAAUAGUAAAGUACCAAAGCAUAUUUUUCGCCAUAACAACCCACAGCAUUUAGAAGAGUUGUUACAAAGUGUGGAUAAAAAAGUUCCAAAAAUUGUUGUUUUUGAAACAGUUCAUUCAAUGAGCGGCGCCGUGUGCCCAUUAGAUGAAUUAUGCGAUGUAGCUCGAAAAUAUGGCGCUUUAACAUUUGUUGACGAAGUACAUGCUGUUGGCCUUUAUGGCGAUCAUGGGGCUGGGAUUGGAGAACGUGAUAAUCAACUUCAUAAGAUGGAUAUAAUAUCAGGGACUCUGGGAAAGGCUUUUGGAAAUAUUGGGGGCUAUAUUGCCGGAAACACUACGCUUAUAGAUAUGGUUCGUUCAUAUGCUGCUGGUUUUAUUUUUACAACUUCACUGCCUCCAACUGUACUUUUGGGAAGUUUGAAAGCAAUCGAGAUUUUAUCGUCGGAUGAGGGUAGAGUUUUACGACAAAAGCACCAAGGAAAUGUUGCCUAUUUGCGCAAAACUUUACUAGAACAUGGAUUUCCUGUUGAAAACACUCCAAGCCACAUUAUUCCCGUUAAAGUCGGAGAUCCUUUUCAGUGUAAUUUAGUAUCUGAUCGUUUACUUAAAGAAAAAGGACAUUACAUACAGGCUAUUAAUUAUCCAACUGUUGCCAGGGGAGAAGAAAAGUUACGAUUAGCUCCAACACCUUUCCAUACCACUGAUCUAAUGGAUACAUUAGUUAAAGAUAUGUUAGAAGUGUGGACAGAAAUUGGUUUACCUUUACGUGGAACAAAAUGCGCAAAGGAGUGUCGAUUAUGUAAUCAGCCAGUUUUUGGAGAUUGUGAUACCACGGAGCAUUCCAGAUGUUCAUUUGAUAUUCUAUGUAAUAUUCCUAAUUGUCCACAGGUUGUCGUAAAUGUUUAACAUUCAAAGUGUUCUUUUAACGAGCUGCUAAUUUUUUAAUAGUACAUAUUUUACCAUGGCAUUUUUGUGGUGUUAGGGAUUUUCCUUAUAUUUAUUAAAUUAAAAAAUAGUAUGUAUUUUUUAAAUAAAAAAACUCAGUGGCGA